AUGGAGGACAUUUCCCCUAUAUUAGAUAUUCAGAAUAAUCAAGAUUUAUAUUUUAAACUUGAUGAAAAUAAAUUUCUUUCAAUAUGUGAUAUGUAUGAUCAUUGUGAAGCCACUAGGUUUAUUCUUCAAGAAAAUGGCAAACUUGUGAAUAAACCUAUGGAGUCCAAGAAUUUAAUAAUAAUUGGGGGGAUUUUUGGUGGAUUGAUUGGAUUACUACUUUUGCCCUUUAUUAUUUCCUAUACUUUUUGGUUUUUGACCAGAGCAAUCCUCAUAUUAAUUUCGAUUUUAAAAUCUAUUUACUCAGGAGAUUUUUGUAAAACAUUGAAAAAGUAUCGAGACACAAUGAUGGGUAAAAGAGAGCCAGAUAAUUCAAAUACAGCAUCUGAUAUGCCACAUAUGAUAAACUGCAUAAGUAAUUUCUUACCAAAAUCAAAUUCAAAUAGAACUAGAAUCAAUAGUAUACAUGAAAGACAACAAUGUAAUAGACUUGCUUCUAGUUUGGAAACACUUCCUAGGUAUGAAAGAAGAUAUUUCACAACUAAUAAUUUGCUUCCUCAUGAAUCUCAAGAUCAGUUUGAUUUACCUUCCUAUCAUACAAGUUACUAUCUUAACGCUCCACUUACUCAAGAACGUACGAUGAAUGAAGAGAAUUCAAAUCAUUCUAAUAAUUCUGAUAAUAGAGGAAUAAUUCAAUUACCCCCUAAAGCAGUUACAAUUCAAAACUCCAGGUUUUUGACAGAACAUCCCAUUUAUAAUGAUAAUUUGCCAAGUAUUCAAAAAUCAGAAGGUCAAAUAUUGAAGAAUAGUGUUAAAGAUGAAGAUAACGUUAGUGUUAAAGACGGUGUAAACGUUAGUGUCAAAUAUGAUGAGUAUGGAAGUAAUAGUGAUAGUAUAGAAUCAAGCAGUGGUUGCAGUAGUAGUUGUCACACAGUUAAUAGUAAUUCUCUCUCAAAUAGUUAUGAUUGA